UACUGAAUAGUCGUUCAUUUAGAUGAGUUAAAAACAUGUCGUUUAAAGUCGCGAAAGCGGAAUGUUUGGACUUUAGUCCAACAUUUGAUUCUCAUUGUAUUCGCGAUAAACCCGGCAAGGAAAACAACUCUUCAAUUCCUGUGCUGAGUUUGCUUCAGUUCUCCAAGUGUCCUUUCGUGUCGUUUGGGACGAUCAAGUUGGGAUUAUCAAAAUCUUUGCCUUUACGAAUCGAAAAUCCCACCGAGGAUGCAACAACGACAGUCAUUGUGGAUAAAAUUGCAGCAUCCAAAGGCUUUUCGGUUGAUCAGACGUCUUUUACAAUGCAGCCUGAAGGCAGCAUUAUUUUAACUGUCACUUGGACACCAGUGGAAGAAGGCGGGGUUCGAGAACUCCUCAGUUUUGUUGCAAAUGGAAUUGUCAAACACCAGGCGAUUUUGCUUGGGAAAGCACAGGCGACAAAGAAGAAAAAGAAAACCUUAUGGGAUUCAAUUAAAUCCAAGAAGAGUGUCCCGGCACCCUCAAAAGAGAAGAAAGUGUCUUCAAUGCCGAUAAAGGCUGCAAAUAAGACAUUUCAUGUCUCACGCCAGUCGCAGUGCAGAAAAGAUAGAACAUCCAACCCGUUGUUGCCAUUAAACCAGGAACGGUCUGCCUAUGGGUCCAAUGCUAUUAGGACAAAUGCACCAUCCUCCACUCCUGAGAUGUCAAAGCCUGUUUUUGUGACGGAAAAGUUUGAUGAUGUGCAUUUGCAAAAGAACUCACCAGUGGUCGUCUUAGUACCAGCAGAGAGAUUUUUGGAUGCACCUGGUAACAAGGAUAUGACUUUUUCUCGUAAAGCAGAGUGCGAAGAAAUCACAAGGGUUUUGAAUAAAACACUCUCUCCUGCCAGCACCCCAGAGAGGUUUGGAAAUCCUUUGUGCUUUCAGAGUCCACUUCCCAUGAUUGGACAAUUUGCACAAGAUCAAAGUCGAGAGCCAGAGAAACCGCCUUUGUCUGUAAAAGGCGCUCUGGAUGUUAUAGGAUCAGAUCUGUCGCAUGCAGUGAGUCUGCCUAAUGCUUGCUCAAGCUUUGAUUUUUCUGUUUCUCUUGUGUCUGAAAAACCUGAUCCAGAAAUAUCAUUUAAAGUGACCGCAGUCAUUUCACCACCAGUUGAAGUCGCUCACCCAAGGUUGACUUUCUGUGUGAAACCCAACAAAGUCAUAGGCGUUGAAUCAAAUCAUGAUGCGUUUAGGCUCAAGGCAUUACCUUUUAGCACAGCCACAGUGACCAAGUUGAGUAAAGUGGAUGACACCCUUGUUCCUGAUGGUCCCAAGAAGUUUCCUGUGAAUUCUACCACAGUGACCAAAGGCAAACCAGAAGCCUCUGUUGAGAGUCCAGGCUUGCGUAGAAAGAAAACGUCCAGACGCAGGCUCUUGGAGAAGACCUUGGAACUCUCAGAAGCUAGUAAUGCAGAAUCCAACGCAAGUUCUCCUGACAGUGCUUUACCUGUCAUC